UCGGUCGUCAGUCUUCGUUCGGGCCCAAAUGAAAUCGCUUGGCCAGCGCUCUGUCUGCUCCAUUCCUGCGGCCACGCCCCCGCUGCCCCCCGCCCAACGCUCUCUAGCCGAUCGAAGUGUGCGUGCGCCGCCAGCCUUCGUCUAUGUGUGUGUGCGUGUGUGUGUGUGUUAACAAAAUGUGAUUAGCAAAAAUACAAAGAAAUCAGGCAUAGUGGAAUACACCAGGCAUUGUGGCUAAAAACAACGGUUAACGGCAGCUCACAUACGGCAUACGGUAGAAUAAAAAAAAAAAAAAAAAAAACACACACACAAAACAAAUUAAAAUGUAUUAAAACAAGUAGGGGGGAAAAAUAAUUUAAAAUAUAUACACGAGAAAUGCGAUAAUUUGCAUAAAAAGCAAUGCGCUGGCGCGGCAACAAAGCCCGGCCGUAAAAAAUAAAUAACGCCAACAACGAUUCCGAAUUUUGUGCUUUAUCGGCAACAGCAGUAGCUGCGGCAGCACCAACAUUUAAAUUAAUAUUGAACUACACCCAAAGCAGCAGUGGCAACAAUAAAAAAAAUAAAAAAAAAUAUAUACAAAAAACCAACCACGGUUGCGGCUGACUUGGCCAAAAGCAACAACAAAAACACCAACAAUCUACCUUGUCUACCUUUUUCGUGCCUUUUUUUGUAAAUUUUGUUGUGUGAGAUCAAGAGAGAGAGAGGUAGAGAGAGAGCAGGAAACCCAGACAAAAAAAAAGAGAGCCAGAGAUCGGGGUAUAACUCCGAUUCCGAUUCCGACUUCGACCAGUUCCAGAUGCAGAUGCAGGGCUAGUGAUACUGAUAUGACCAGCUGUCCGCCCGCAACAGUCGCAGAUGCAAUUCGUUGCCACAGAUGAUGCAAUUUGAUCAGCCCUGAUUGGGAGUCUCCUCCGCCAUGCACGUACUUUUCAACAAGGUCCUCGCCAAGCGCGAUCUCUCCAAAGCCGGAGAUCUGUUCUCCGUGCCCGAUGCGGACAUAGUCGACGAUAUCACGGAGGUGCUCUCCGAGAUCAGUCCGAUCAUCUCGCAUGUGGACUACGUUAAGAACAACAAUGACCAGAGUGUGGUGGAGAUUUGUGUGACCCGGGUGCUGUCGUGCAUCCGGGAGACCAAGACUGCGGAGCGCUACUGCGCCGCCCUUGUGGAUCUCCUAAAGACCUGCCUGCUGUGGAACCUCCAGCCAUCGGCCUCCACAAAAGAAGAGCCACCCCAUGCCAAGAUAGCCGCCGACAUAAUCUCGAGUAUUUUUCUGAACUAUGACAAGAAGGAACUGAUGAAAAUUGCUCUGCCCGUGGCCGUGCAGUUUCUAUCGAAGGGGAACCGGGAGCUUUCCCGAAACCUGGCCAGCUACCUUUCGCUGGCUGCCAUCGAUCAUGCCUGCCUCCUGAGUCCGCAUACGGAAGCCGUGAUGGAAUCCAUCCUCUCCGGCAACUAUGGACUACUGCGGGUGCUCUCCCAGGUUUACGAGGUGGCCCCGGAAGCUGUGACGCCCCAUGCCCCGCUGCUGAUGCCCCUGCUACCACAGUGUGACUCCCAGGAGCGCAUGGCCGUCUUCCAGCUGUAUCUUCUGAUUGUCCAGCAGUCGCCAGAGGUUCUAGCAGACUGUGUACCACAGCUGUGUGGCUUUCUUCUGGACAGCGACACAGCUAGCACCACCUUGCAGAUACUGCUGAAACUGUCCCAGCACUCGCCCCAGCUCCUUGUCGAUCACUUCGAGCAGCUGCGGCUGGCGGCCAAGACGAAUCCGAGCACGAUCCCUCUCUGCGCCCAGAUUAUGACGACGGCGGGCAUCGGAGGCAAGGAGACGGCCCAGCAGGCGUUGGACUUUGUGCUGGAACACUUGCCCACCCAAGCUCUACUCCAGCAGGAGGCCACACGUCUGUGCUCCGCUUAUCCGGUUCUCUUCACGGAUAAGGUCCUGGCCUGUGUCCGGCAGAAGAACGCCGCGUUGAGCUCCCAGCAGGAUGUGGGAAACGCACUGGGCAACAAAACCUCCGGUGGAGUGACUAUUGUCAGCCUGAAUAGCUCCAGUCCCAGUCCCCAAAUCAAGCCAGCUCCCUUACCGACUCCGUCCACCAACACGACUGUUAUACAACAGGCCACGCCCUCAACAUCUGCCCACGCCGCCCCCGUGGCCGCCUCCACCCCGGUGGCCACUGCCACACCCACUCCUCAGCACACAGGAUACACCCGACGGGUAAAACUGGGUGACUCCAGGAGUACGGGUCGGCUGCAUCCCGCCAGCAACACUCACCGGAGUGUGACCCGGCUGAAUGUGGCCAGCGGGUCGGUGGGAGGCCUCCACAAGAGCAUGACCCGGCUGAGCAAUUCGCAGAUCAAUCAGCAGCCAGGCGGCAGCUCCAACGGCAACGUGGUGGUGCAGACAGGAGCCACCUCCAAGUCGCCGGCCACCUUCACCAACCCGCCAGUGACACCAGUGCCUCCAUUGAGCAACAACGUGGUCAUCACGGGGCACAACCGGCACGGAAUACCCGUGACUUCCGGCGGAGUGACGGUCACCACGUCGCCCUCAAAGGUCCGACCCCACUCGCAAGGACCCUCGACGCUUCUCAACUCGAGUACGGUCAUGAUGAAGUACAGCACAGAUGCCCUGAACCAGUCGGUGGGCUCGAUCUCCAUUCCGCAACAGGCUGCGGCAUCAUCGGGGGCCUCCACGCAGGCGGCAGCCACCCAGAACGCCGUGUCUGUGCACCAUGCCUCCCCGGCUCUGCCACAGUCUUCUACCAACGGAAACGCCAAGUCCGUGAUGAAGCUGCCCAUCAAUGGAAACAGCGAAGUAAUUGUCUCUGGACCCACCACUAAUGUGGCGCCACGGCGCAGCGACAACACCAGCCGCACUCUUCUUAACGCCAACAGCGUGAUGGACCAGCGGAUGAGCACCUUUGAGCCAUACCAGAUUAUGCGGGAUCCUGUCCAGCAGUUCUGCGAAAAGAACUUCAACUCCAUCAAGUCCUACAUGGACGAGGUGUCGCAGCACCUGCCACCGCCCACACGUUGCAGCAUUGAGGUUUCCAAUGAAUUUGCAGAGCGCAGAACCAAGAAGGUGGCCAAACUGCACUUUGCCUGCCAGAUCCGAGGACCACACUGCCUCUACUCGAAAACUUGUUUCACGAUGCGGACUCGCAAUCCCAAGACCUGGAUACAUAUGAUGUUCCUGGACUUUCAAGUGCGGCAUUUUGUCAAGGAAAAGUGCGUGCUGAGCACGCGGGAGUCCGGCAUCAGUAAUCUCAAGAACAUCUGGCAGAUACUCAAGUGCGAGAACCGCAGCUUCACCGAACUGGUCACCAGCCAAUUUCCACAGGUCAAGGACCGCGAGAUUCUGGUGAACGAGCUACGGCACUCGGGCUUCCUGGACGUCUUCGAGGUCUCAAAGACCGACAAGUCCAACCCGAACUGCAACGAGCUGGAGUAUCAGUGGGGCUGUUUCCUGUGCAACCAUCCGGACAAGGCGGUGGGCUUCCUGAACGGCAGCAACCAGCCCAUGAUCGAGGGCCAGCUGAAGGAGAAGAAGGGCAAGUGGCGGCUCUUCCGGCGCUGGCGUACCCGCUACUUCACCCUCUCCGGCGCCCACUUGUCGUGCAAGGGUUCGAGUGGUGGCGAGAGCAUCGACGUCAACCAGAUCCGUUCGGUAAAGGUGUCGCGGGGUGCCCGCAACAUCCCCAAGGCCUUUGAGAUCUUCACCGCCGACCAGACCCUAAUACUCAAGCCCAAGGACGGCAAGAACGCCGAGGAGUGGGUGCAGUGCCUCAGCAUCGUGGUGGCGCACUCGCAGGCCCGCGACAAUCCGACGGCCAAGACGAACAGCCUGCCGGCGCGUAGCAUGGGCAGCAGCAAGCCCUCCUUCUAGGACAUCCGUCUACCCAUCCCCCACCCACGGAGAACGUCCCCCCAUUGUGAGAUUAUUUGUAAAUGUAAAGACAGAGCAACAGCAACUUCAACACACAAAAGACAAAAAACGAGCGGCGAGCAAAGGACUUGGCUGUCUAUAUAUAUAUAUAUAUAUACCAUUAUAUAAUAUAUACUAUUCUUUAAAUACAUAUAUACAAACUAUGCCUACGCCCAUAGACUUAUCUAGUAUGUACUUACCGUUUCAAGGGAUUUCAAAAAUUUUGCGAAAUUGUGUUUUUCAUUUAUAGUUGAUUUUAUACAUAUAUAUUUAGUUUAUCCUUAUUUAUUGUACGUGUAAUAAACAAACAGCUGCUUUCGAAAUCGAA